AGUCGCAGAUAAGUAUAGCAAGUAAGUAAUUUAACAGCAAGUAAUAUCCGUCCUACUGACAAGUAAUCUUAUCUUGAAUCGUAAAAACCCUCUAAAAUGGGGAGUGAUUUAGACAAAGUUGAGAAAUUAUUUUGUGGUAAAUGGAAAUAUGACAGGGAUGACAAUUUUAAAGAGUCCUUGAAGUAUAUAGGGUUCCCGGAAAUGGAAGUUGAGUUCCUAACGAACGCGAAACCAUGUUUGGAAAUAAAACGAGAUGGGGACCACUUGAUAAUUGAUUACGAAAUUAUGCCAGGAAUGGUUCAUAGUGUACGAUUCAAACUUGGCGAGGAGUUUGUGUCCAAAGAUAUGAAAAAUGAUCCACCAACAUUUGAUGCCAAGGAACUUGUUACGUUUAAGGACGGCUGUCUUGACUUCAAGAACUGGUCUAACAUGGGCGGUGCUUACUAUCAAACUGUGAUGAAAAUAGAAAAUGGCGAGCUUCAUGGGGUAAUGAGUAAAAUUGAUGACAAUAGUGUAACUGGUGACAGAAUAUACAAAAAGGUAUGAACUCAUCUAUCAUCACUGGAACAGAUCAAAAACCAAGCCGACAUGAAGAAUUCAAAUACAUGUAUAUAUCAUUAUAAUUGUUGUUGUUAUUUUUUUUUGUUUUCAACAAUUUGUAGAUCCAUACAAUACGACAAAUAGUGUUUGGUACAAUAAAAUGUAUCUAUAAAUCGAAAAGAAUUAAAAAUUUUGAAUAUGUCAAGUUUUUUUCCCCGAUGUUUUCCAUGUUUUUUUUUUAAACACAUGCAUUAUUGAGCAGUGAUAAAUAAAGUAAAAUUGUCACUAUAUUUAGUAGUCAUAGAUAUACAUGUAUAUUGAAAAUGAAUAUUGUUCCAUUUUAAUACUGUACCAAACCAAUAACAUAAGCUGCUAUUGAUAACAUGUACAUUGUCUAGUAAUACUAUGAUAUACAUAUAUACAUGUAUAUGAGUUAUAUCA